AUGACGACUGUUGAGCAGCCCCCUCGCCAUAUCCAUUUCAGCUCCGAUUACCCGACCCAACCCUCAAACAGACCAAUUCCCGUCCUUACCACUAGUGCACCCGACUCCGACUCAUCUCCUGGCUCAAUGGAUACCAGCCCAGAUAACCCUGCUCGUGACUCGCAGAAUGCUAGCCCGAGAGGAGACAAGCAAAAUAUGCAAUCCGGAGGUCCAGCAGAUCUAGAAGGCCAAGCUGGGCAGCGCAAUGGAAUCCUUGGUCAACACGCAGUAGGAGCUGCUGCUGCUGCACAACAGCCCAAAGCUAUCAGUGCCGCCUUUAUCCACAAGCUAUACAGCAUGCUCGAAGACCAAAGUAUACAGCAUUUAAUUUCCUGGUCUAGCACCAACGAAAGUUUCGUCAUGUCACCUUCGACUGAAUUCUCUAAAGUCCUUGCAUCAUAUUUCAAGCAUACCAACAUUUCAUCUUUUGUCCGUCAACUAAACAUGUAUGGUUUUCACAAAGUCAGCGAUGUGUUCCAUACAGGAUCACCAGAUUCUCCUCUGUGGGAGUUCAAACAUGGCGCCAACAAUUUCAGAAGGGGCGACCUGAAUGGUCUGAGGGACAUUAAGAGACGAGCUUCGAGACACACCCUAAUACAUCGUGAUUCGUUCUCGAAUGCGACGCCCAAGAUGACGCUACAACCACCACCUCCACCACCUCCCGGCGUACCGAUGGAGACCUCAAUGCCAGAUCCCGUCGAGGCUCGACUUAGUAUGCUAGAGUUCAACCUGCAAGAUGUAUACGCAAGGCUGGCAAGAUCCGAAGACGCGUACGCCAAUCUCAGCGCCAAAUGUCAAAUGUUAUCGGAGGGCCUGGCCAGGUGUCACUAUUGGAGCGGCGAGCUGUCAACACAGCUGCUUGGCAUAGUACCUGAUCCGGAGACCACAAUCCACAGAGACGUAUCAGCAUUGCGUGCUGAGAUCAACAGGAACGGGGAUCUCCUAAGGCUACAUGAAGCACCACACGAGAAUCUGCAACCCACUCGCCCUCCCUACAUGACUGCCCCUUCUUAUGAGCAUGGUGGUCCUGUGUCGCCUCGUCAGCAAGCGACGGAUGCUUCCCGCAGACCUUCGUUGCAGCCAGGUUCGCGUGCUUCUUCCUUUAGAGCACCCAUGCCUCCUCACAUGACGGCAUCACCUCAUAGAUAUGGCUCUCUCAGCGGACCGUCUGGACCACCGUCACCUUCCUCGAGACAACCUGCACCCCCACCACCGCCGCCGCCAACCUACACAAACCUUCCACCACCGCCACCUCCUGUAGCCCAGGCGCCUUUGCAACAUCGACCGGCAUCGCCCCCAUUGAACCUUUCGCGACGCCACACUUCAGCCGACAUCAGGCUACAAGGCUGGAAUGGCCCCCCUCAAGCGCUUCCCCCACCCCCACCUCCGCAUGGAGGAUCGCCUUUCACAACAGCAGGCCAGAACUCUGCCCAGUGGCCAUCGUCCCCAUUCCGCCAAGGUAACAAUGAAGGUCAGCAGAUCAGAGACGCUUUAGCGCAGUACGAGCUGCCACGCGCAACAUCCAGAUUUGGUUCUCGUCAAACGACGCCUCCGGACGCGGGACCUCCAUCCUACGCCAAUAACAGUAGCGAGGCAGGCUGGCAGCUCCCAGGACCGAAGUUUCCCUUCAAAGGUGUAGAUGCGUCGGCACCAGGAACCCGCCGAAGCAGUAUGGCAAGCAAUGUGCAUUCCUUGCUCAAUCCUACAGCUGAGUCACACCAUGAGCGCGAUGCAGACGAAGGACCCGAUGACAGGAAGCGCAAGAGACUAGGAUAG